GUAACGGAACGGAGUUGUUGGUGCACUAGUUGUAGGUGGGGACCGAAACACGUACAGAACUGGCUACUAGCAUGAAUGGAAACGGGAAGAGAAAUAGCAUGAGUUGUCAUUGUUAGCUAUAAAAUAAGCCGUCUUUUCAUAAAUGUGUGGAUAUUUAAAAUAUAUUUUCAUCUAAAUGAUUGUAUGCAAAAUCCUGUUGCAAAAAUACACGCCAAGCUCAGGUCUUUGACUCUUAAGAAACAUUUUGGUGAGACUGGGAAACGUGUAGCCUAUUUUGCGAGAACAUUGGAAGACCUAGCGGACUAGCAGGAAGGGAAAGCACCCUUAGCGAAGUGAAAGAUGCUUCAAACAAUAUCUGAACUUUCUAUCGAAAAUAAGAUAUUUUAUGCCGUUCUGGUGUUUUCAUGGACAGUGUAUCUAUGGGAGGCCUAUCUAGCCCACAGACAGCGGAGGAUAUACAAGUCGACUACUCGUGUUCCGGUGGAGUUGGGGAAGAUCAUGGACUCGGACACCUUCGAGAAAUCGCGCCUCUACCAGCUGGACAAAAGCAACUUCGGUUUCUGGUCUGGACUUUACUCCGAGACCGAGGGAACGCUGAUCCUGCUGCUGGGCGGAAUCCCGUUCCUCUGGAGCGUAUCUGGAGCUGUCAUGGCGCGAUUUGGACUGGGGCCCGAGUAUGAGAUCUCUCAGUCCCUCAUCUUCCUCAUGCUGGCCACGCUCUUCAGCGCCUUCACGGGCCUUCCCUGGAGCUUGUACAACACCUUCAUCAUCGAAGAGAAGCAUGGCUUUAAUCAGCAGACCCUCGGCUUCUUCCUGAAGGACGCGCUGAAGAAGUUCGCUGUGACGCAGUGCAUCCUCCUGCCCGUCACCGCACUGCUGCUCCACAUCAUAAAGAUCGGCGGCGACUACUUCUUCAUCUACGCCUGGCUCUUCACCCUCGCCGUCUCUCUGGUGCUGGUCACUAUCUAUGCGGAUUACAUCGCCCCCCUCUUUGACAAGUUCACGCCGCUGCCAGAGGGCGAGCUGAAGGAGGAGAUAGAGAGCAUGGCCAAAUCCAUCAGCUUCCCUCUCACCAAAGUCUACGUGGUGGAAGGGUCCAAGCGGUCGUCGCACAGCAACGCCUACUUCUACGGCUUCUUCAAGAACAAGCGCAUCGUGCUGUUCGACACGCUGCUGGAGGACUACUCCCCCCUCAACAAGGCCGGGGGGGCCGACGGCGAGCGCAACGAGGAGGGCGAGCGAGGCGAGGAGAACGAGGCCGAAAGCAAGCCCAAACCCAAGCCUAAGAAUAAGAAGCAGGGCUGCAACAACCCCGAGGUCCUGGCCGUCCUCGGGCACGAGCUGGGCCACUGGAAACUGGGCCACACCGUCAAGAACAUCGUCAUCAGCCAGAUGAACUCCUUCCUGUGCUUUUUCCUGUUCGCUGUCCUGAUUGGUCGGAAAGAGCUCUUCUUGGCUUUCGGUUUCCAUGACAGCCAGCCCACUCUGAUUGGCCUGAUGAUCAUUUUCCAGUUCAUCUUCUCUCCCUACAAUGAGCUGCUGUCGUUCUGCCUGACGGUGCUGAGCCGCCGGUUCGAGUUCCAGGCCGACGCCUUCGCGCUGGCCAUGGGCCGCGCCUCGGAGCUCUACUCCGCCCUCAUCAAGCUCAACAAGGACAACCUGGGCUUCCCCGUGGCUGACUGGCUCUUCUCCACCUGGCACUACUCUCACCCCCCUCUGCUGGAGCGCCUGCGGGCACUGGGCGGGCCCAAACGGGACUGACGCCCCCCCGGCCAGAGGCUCCGCCCCCCGCUGGCCCCCAGGGGCCUCCCCAGGACCUCCCAGCCCCCAUGACAUCAUCACCUUCACUCACUCUCUCUAUCUUUCUCACACUUUCGCUCACUGUCUCUUUCUAUCUCUUUCUCUCUGCCUCUCAUGCUGUUUCUCUUUCUUGUGCUGUUUCCCUCUGCCUCCAUGUCUUUCUUUCUCUCUCUCUUCCUCUCUCCGUCUCUCCCUGUCAUCUCUCCUCUCUUCCACUGGCUCCUUUCUUUGAGCGUUGAUGAAAACGCGCACAGGUGAGACGCUGCUGUGAGCGAUCCCCCCCCCCCAUCCCGUCCCCCACCCCCACCCCUCCCCCCUCAGGUGAAACCCGAACCCUUCAGGUGACCCUCUGCGGCCUGGGCUUCUCUGCGAGCAGGGGGCUCCGAUUCGGACGGGCUCGUUUGUCGCCGUGGCAACAGUUCCGAGUUCUGCAGGGAUACCUACCUCCUGCGUUUCUGAUCUGUUUAUUUUUACUGCAAUAAUUUUUUUAUUAUUGUUUUAAAAUCCCCGCUGCCCCACAAUUUGGGAUAUCAGUUUAAUUGCAACCUUGUGAAGUCCUUCCAUUAAUUUUACCCUAACGUACCGUUUAAAUUAGAUGUUGUUCUCUUACAGUCUCUCACCUAAUUCCUGCUUGUAUGAAUUUUAUUGAUUGGUAGGGGAGGGAGGGAGGGGCGGAGGUGUGUCUACUGGCAGACUCGACCCAGCAGAAGUGUUUAAUUUAGUUAAUCUAAGGAUGUGUUUCGUGUGGACGUUGAACGGCUUGAGAGUGAAACGACCUUCGACGGGCAAGUCGGAGCAACCUGACCGGCAUGAUCUGCAUGGAGUCGUGUGCGUGUGCAUACGCGUGCAUGUGUGCGUAUGUGUUUGCGUACGUAUGCGCAUAUGCGGUUUGUCGUACGUAUGCGCAUGUGCACGUGCGUACGUGCGGGUGUGGCCGCGUGCGUCUGCGUGCGAGAGUGAGCGAGGGACCCAGAAAAUGGCCGCCCGGGGGUUUGGGCUCUGAGCAGAAGGCGUUUGUUCCAGCCAGCGGCGAGGUCGGACUGAGCCAGCCACCACGGCCCUGAGCAUGCUCCGCUUAACGCUCACCUGUCAGCUCCGUGCAACGUUCACCUGUCAGCCCUGCUUUUUAGAGUUCCGCUGGGGCUUAGGAAAGCUGCGAAAACAAGAAAAUAUAAAUAAAGUUUAUUUUACGUUGCGGCAUCGAUAAUUUGUAACUUGCAUUAGAGUUCUUUUUAUGCCCUUUUUUUUUGUAAAAUAAAAAUUUAAAUAAAUCUGAAAAUGAAAGAAAAUGGGUCUUACUGUUAGAAGUGUAAAUAUUUAAUUUUGGGUUGUCUUAUCAAUGGCAAACGAGGACUUGGAGGGAUAUUUAAAUUGGAUCAGAAUUUCCUGUUUUUGUGUUUUUGAACUUGUUUAGUUUCUUUUGUGUUUCUGUGCCUGCGUGCGUGCGUGCGUGUGGUGGGGGGAUGUGCGGUGCGGGUUUGGUUCCUGUCUUACUGCUCUGGAGGGAAAAGGGGUCAUAUCCCAGAAUGCAGUGCUUCACAAGCCAACAGAAAGCACCCUCGCACACCACGUCAAUCUUGUGUUUGAUCUGAAACUUAAAUGAUGUACUUUUCUUGCAACAUUGUGAAUAAAAACAUCACAAUGACAGAA